AUGGAGCGUUGGAUGGAGAACCCACCAGAGUCUUAUCUCUCCACAGUCCCCGUGUGGAUCAGAAUAAGCAAUAUCUCACCGAAGUUCCUUUCAACUAAGACUAUUGAGGCCAUCGCUGGUAGAAUAGGCCAAGUUAAGGAGAUAGCUUUUGACCAAGAGAGAUCUCAAUACAAUGCUUUCGUACGAGCAAAGGUAAUUUUUGAUGUUGCCAACCCCCUGGUUAAAUCCAAAUCUGUCCAACUUCCUAAGGGUGUUUUAGCUACGGUUGGUAUUGAAUAUGAGCGGGUUCGGAAAAGUUGUUUCCACUGUUUACGCCUCACACAUGAAAAGCAUCUUUGCCCUUACCUCCGGAAGGAUACCUUGGAGCAAAACUCGAAUGCUACUCAAGCUACUUUCCCUGAAGUGGGGAGCCGAAGUUCUACACGAGAUCACCGGUUUCCAGAGGAUCUGGCAGGAGCAGUAAUCCCUCUCCUCUCUCAGCCAGCACCCCAAGGUUUCUCUCAGAAAUCAAACGUUGUGGCUCCAGAUGUUUUAUCAAAGAUGAAAAAAUACUUGUACUCGGGUGAUCCAGGCCUCAUGAGCCAGCGUGAGCAGGUCUUGCGCAUGACUCUGGAGUCUAUUGCUAAGGACACAAGAGCUCAAAAUUCACUGCUACGGCUUGAGCCUCCCCUUGUGCUCACUCACAGUCUGCAUAAAGAGCAACGUCCAGUUUUUGAGUUUCUUCAGAAUGAUAGGGCUAACCUGAUUACUGAUAACCAUGAUGUCAACAACCUUAAUACACCAAAUGCGGCAAGCGGAGAUCAUGAGAAAUACUUGCAGAGUCGUAUGGAGGAGGAGCCUAGAUUGAAGCAUGAUGUACUGCCUAGGCAAGGUAUCUGUGAACUGGAAGCAGCGGCUGCGGAUGGUUUCAGUAUAGGGGUUACAGAUACCGUUGGGGAUAAUGUGACACCGAGAAGGAAUCAGGGCCAGAGAAGUUUGGAUCCUGGAGUAGGAAAGCCAACACUACCAACAACGGAAAUCAGAAAGCACAUGGUUUGGUUUUGGAGGCAACGGAAGGAGAGCUACAUAGGAAUGCAAUGUCUAAAAGAAAAGCAGAGGGUGAACAUGAGGUUCUCCCCAAGCUAA